AGAUGUAGGAUGGCGGAUUUUACAGACACAUGUUUGACUACCAUUAGCCAGGCAGAAUUCUACCGCUGCGAGAAGGUCAAACUAAUGGAGCUCAGUCAGUCAGUCCAAGCGAAAACAGAACUUCUAUCUGCCCAUUUGACCAGGCUUAAUUUAUUACGAGACAUCGAAGAUGGUGUGGAAAAUGAGACUUCGAAUGCAGCUGAUGACCUUAGUUCUGCUGCGUCGUCUGCAUUUGAACAUCAAAAUAAAAUAAAAACGAAUUCUCAGCUUCACUUACUGCUGCCGAAGUCUUUCAACAUUUGCGCCCCCAGUGAAUUCAUAACUUCGCGUGAUUUAUGUGAUAAAACUUCAAAAUUGCUACUGAAACUUUAUUUGAAUCCAUCAUUCUCAUCUUACGUUGUGUUCCAAAUUUGCAAAACUUUCGAAACUUCUAUGAAUAAUCAAACAAGUAAUGAGCACAGAUUGUUUUCAAAGUUAAUUGAAAUUUUUUCGAAGAAUAUUUAUUCGCAUGGCUUACUUAAUGAAGAUCAAAAACGUCUUAUUCAGUUCCAUUGCGAUCUGGGUCAGAGAAUUUCGAUUUUGACCGGCAAUUUACGCUUCCAAACCACGUUUUUCUACCAAUCUCUACAAGAACUGAUCAAACAAUGCGGAGAUCCAUCUCUUAUGAGCUUCACUGACCAACAUUUGCGACCUUUAGGAGUGGAUCUACUGCUAAACUUGAUGCCGUUUCGCAAAAAUAUUCUGGAAAAUACGCAGUUUAAUUCCAUCUCAGACAGUGAUCGAUACGCGGAGUUGCAGCAGCUGUUCAAUGCGCAUCAGCAAAAUGGUCACAAACUAGACGAGCAGAAGCUGAUGUCCUUCUGUCACUCAGUUUCGGGCGCCAUAGAGAGCAAUGUGAAUCUAAUGCCACAUUGUGUCAAACUGUAUCUGGCAGCCAUCGAAACCAGCCUCAAAGAGUGUAGUUUGGAUGCGACUGCGAGGAAGCACUUCAAACUGCAGCUGUUCCUGGACGUAGUGAUCUGUCCCCUAAUCAGAAAUCUCUUCUCUCUGGCCAGUUUGAACAGUGGAUCCUCCUCCUCUCUCCACUCGGGCAGUACAUCAGUGUCUGCCAUAUUCGCCAGUGCUGCACACCUGUUCAGAGUCUACUGUCUCUCUCACGCACAGUCCAAGUUCGAUGCUGCUCCUAAGUGGAUUCAGUUCGACUGGGCGACUAUGCGAGGGGCAAAUGUGUCAGAUUCACUCUCCUCUACUUACAUGGACGGGGUGGUGCGAAUGCAGGCCAACUCAAUCUCCAUAACAGCUGACAGUUUGCAAUUUCUUAUGUCUUCUCUUCAUGGUGUUGUUCCAUCGAUCGCAUCCUUAGCAGACGGAGGCCAAUUUGCAGGAGAACUGGCACUAUUGAAUGAUGUCACUUCAACUUACCAAGCAAACACUCCCACUACUGCAACCAAUGGUCAACGGACGAAUAGUAACUUUGACUGUAUGGAGUCCCGUGGAAACCGCAGGGUGCAGCAAAGUGGCAGUGUGUUUGUCCUGGAGCCACUCUCAACUGAACAAGGUGUUGAAAGAGCAACAGAAAAGUUUAUCCGUUCCGCAGACGAGAUCGAGCCGCAACUAGUUCUGAGGUUUGACUUCUCAAGUGACAAUAGAAGCGAAUUGUCAUCUAGUCAGACGGGGGGACAGGGGUCUAGCAAUGACAGUGUGGGUAGCAGCAAUGAGAGUGGAGGGGGUGGAGCAAAGAAGAAGAAACGACAUCACAGAGACAGAAUGGAGCGUCGAUCAGUGGAAGAACAGUCCAAGGUUUCCAGUUAUGCCAUGAAAGAUGGACAUGGUAGUGGUCAGAACAAGGGGUCGGAAAUGAGAAGCGGCAAUCUAGAACGACGAGAUUUCGACAAGACUGAAAACUUGGAAAUCAGUUCAGUUACGUCUGAGAAGUCUACCAAGAAGCUCCUCAGAUUCGACGUCCCCGCCGCAUCCUCGGGCACCAACACCACAAACACAGGAUCCUCCUCGCUUCAGCCCAGUGGAGGGUCGUGCAACAUGACAGUGAACUCAGUGGCAGCGGCUGUGGUCGUAAAUGGGAGUGAGGCUUUGUUGGACUUCACCUCCGAAGGCGCAUCAGUGCGUUCGGCAUGUUCGCUGGAUUUCGACCAGGACACAGAUGCACUGAGUGAUUUGCUGCUCAAUGAACAGGGUGCGACCAGGUCUGAAGGGGGCAGGUCCACUCCCAGGUCUAUGGUCACAUCUGAUGACGGACUCCUGGAUUCGGCCGGCACUGCAUCUGUGCAUGCGUCUGCUGCUUCCGGUGGAAAUAACAAUGCUACUCUCAGACCGCCGGGCACUGGCUCCUCCAGUCAGCGCAUGCCGCCACACAGGGAGAACAUCACAGAUAAAUUCGGAAAGUUCGAGAUUGAGAAGGGUUCGAUGAAAAGGUCUGAUCACGGGGACAUCCGUAACAUGCGUGGGCAGAAUGGCGCCUCUCAGUCCAACGGAGCCUCAGCCCUUCCCGGGGGAGUGUCAACUAUGGGAGGAGUGGCAGACAGAGGUGGACCGGGAGGGGAUUUGCAGAGUGACACGUGGAGUGUAGACGCAUAUGCGAGUGAAGAGGGAUCGGAGCCCCCACCGGAAACUACUUCUGUCGAGAGGCUAUCGGAAAUCAUGGAAGACUGCGAAUUGAGUGGGAGUUUGAGAGCUACGUCGCUGGACAUGGCAGUGUCCCGAUCCUCCGCUCUUAGUCUGGCCAGUGUGAAUGACGACACUGCUUCAAACAAGGAUGCGGGAGGCUCCUCUACUGGUGCACUCUUGAGGUCAUCGGUGGAUCCGGGUGGCACGGUGGAUCUGAACCGGAGUCUGGACGAUGAGAGAGGCGACAAUGAAGAGGCACUGGGUGCUAUAGGAGGCCUAGACACCAGUCUACUUCAUGUUCUGGACGACAAUAACAGUGAUACGUGGAGCGUGGAUGUCGCAGCAAGUGAGUUCGAGCUCAACGAGGAACAACGUCUGGACGAUUUCCUUGAAGAUCAACUGCUGCUGGUAGAAGAUCAGACGCCAAAAGGGAACCACAGUAGACGUGGCUCUCGUAGGAGCAAGAAACCCCAUCACCACUCCACUGGUCCCAAUGCGUUCCUCUCCUCCAAUUCCGCAUCCAAUUACGAGGACUUUAUCGGGUCUACCCUUGGAAUGGAAGAUGCAAUCGAUGAUAUCGGGCUCAUUGAUCCGAAUAUUGAACUGACCAUUCCCCAGACACAACAGAACUCGAAUUUGCAGAACGACAGACUGACUCUGUUGAUGAACGCUGAGCACGAUAUCCCUCAUUCGAUGCAGGCGGAAAGUUCUCUGGAUGUGAAUUUGAGCAGUCGGCACAGCAACGCUGGCUCCUCCGCAUUGGACUCUGGCAUCUCUGGAUCUAUGAUGAGCACACUAACGGUGUCCUCCAUGUCCUCAUGUAUGGACACUCUUGGAUCCCAACAGACUCCGUCUAGUGGUCUGGGGGGUUCACAUGGACACUAUCGUGGCGCCUCCGCGGGAGGAGGGGCCAGGCCAAAGACUUCUAACAGUCACCAUUUCCAACAGCAGUUCAGCCAUACUGGUGCGACUGGCUCCUCUGGAGGACAUAGUCAGAGAGUAACGGUGAAGAGUCCCCCAAUGGACUGUUUGCCGAAAAAGAGACCCAAGAGGAUCGAAUCGGCCUCUUCUACCCACUCGUCACCUUUGGAACGCGACGAGUCUCUGCUGGACCGGCACCGCAACAACCACUGGUUCAACGAAGACACCGCCAGCAGCUGCGGGGCAGGGGGUCAAAGGUCUCGAAACGUCUCAACUGGAGGAGUAUCGACGACAGACCUCAUGCAGCAGACAUCAAGUGUCUCAAAUCAAGACAUCAACGCUGCCACAGACGAUAAUGUGUUUAUGAGUCCAAUGAAGAGACGCAAUGACCUGAAGAAGAUGUCGGAGGACCUCUCAUCAUUCACCAGUAGGCCUCCCCUGUCCUGGGGAGGGGACGAGGAGGCGGACACAUCCAGUCUAAAGGGGGCGGGGCGUCUGAGUCAAUCUGAAGUGUCCGACAGAUACGACUUCCCUGACUCACACUCCUUACUUGAAGAGUUCGGAGCUGGGGGCAGUGGUGUUGGUGCACACAAUAGCAGCAGUGUCUCCUUAGAGGUCACAGGAGGACAUCCAUCUAUCUCAACCUAUUCCCAAGUGCAACACAUACAGAUGGGGGACUCACUAGCCGCCCUUCUCUCUUCUUCAGGGCGCAGACAGAAGAAAAAUAGCAGCAGUAGUGGAGGAGAUGAGAGGAGAGGCGAGGGGCAACUGAAGAGGUGUCUAUCUGCUCUCUUACUCAAGGAACAAACCAGUCAUCUGGUAGCUGCAGCGCUAACCCAGACCCCAUUCAAGUCCACGAAUAGCAAGAAACUGCAGCACUUUCUGGCCUUGUGUUGCAAUGCAUUGACUAUGGACGACGAACUGUCCCUGUUUGGGAUGUCAGCUAGAAGUGACUCUUCUGCUCCAACUUCCCACCGCUCGAAUACUUCUGCUGUGCUAGUUGGAGAAACCGCCUUGUCUCUAUUGAAUGAGCUCACAGAUGCAUCGUGCAAGAAGUUGAUAGAGGAGCUGAGUAGUGACAAUGAGACCAUCUCCUCCCACUACCAGCAGUUGGUAAAAUUGAGAAGACAGCUCAGUCUGCAGCUGAGUCUCCUCUCUUCCCUCGUGCAACAGGUGUCAAUGGAGUGCAUCCACACACAGAACUCCAUCCUCAGUGCACUGUGUGAACAGACUAUGAACAGAUUCGAGGGGGAGUUGAGAAGUGCUCAGGAGGAGGUGUUGGCCAACAGUCAGGACAUGGCCAGACAAUGUGAAAAUCUAGAAAGAAUGGCGACAAACUUCCUUCAAUUGGCCUUUCCGGAACUGUUUGCGGCUAUGACAAAUGGACCCGCUGACUCUCAGGGAAGUACUUCGUGGACAGACAGUGGUAGGAGAGCAUUGAUGCCUGUUGAGCAAAUUCUGAGACAGGUGAGGCUGUUCGUGCAGAGGAGACUGACUGAGAAUGUGUUCAUCGGCAUCCUGUUCCCAUGUGGCUCCGAGUCAUUCUCGCGCGACAGUGUCCUCUACUCCACUCUGUCCACUCUCUCGCAACAGCUCACUCUCGAUGUCUCCCACUCACUCCUGGGACUCUCCAAGGAGUAUUCGCGUGGGUUCCCGUGGCCUGCAGCUGUGAAAGUGCUCUCCCUCAUCACUUUCCAAAUGGUAUGUGAUGACCUGGUGGACUGCAUAUGCUCAUGUGUUUCCACGCUAAGCGCAUCUAUGCAGUGGACGAAUGAAGCAGCUGGGGGUGCAGCUGCAACAACGGGAGUUAGUGGGGGUGUGGGAAUUGGGAGAGACCAGCUGAUCCCUGCCCUCAUGUGUGUCAUGAUCAAGUGCAACCCCCCUCUCCUCUUCUCCCUCGUGCAAUGGCUCAAGUCUCACCAGCUGACCCAACUGAUCCUGUCCGACCCAAUCGCUUUCUCAGUCACCACCUUCAUCGCUGCCUUCGAACAAAUCCUCCAGCUAUUCCUCACUAACCAGUGCUAGCAAUAGCCGCCACCUCGACGUUUGAUAUAAGGAGCUUAGCGAGAACUUAACUUGACGUGGAUUUCAAUCUAUUUUUCAAAAAAUAUAUAUUCGUCACAGAUUGAACAAAAACAGGCAAAUUUAAGACUCCCCUGCCUUCAAAAUAUUUUACGGGCAUCAUUGAAGUCUGAUUUGGCCAAUACUUUAUUCGGAGCUAAAUUUUUGAGGCAAAAUUUACUUCAGCAAGGUGCUUUGAAGAUGUAUAAAGUGUUGGCAUUCAUUCCUAACAAUAAUGAAAAGAGAUUUGAAAUACUGAUUCGAACAAUUGUUUACUAAGUUGGAUGUCACUCAUUGUAGUUUUAACUAUUUUAUGUUGCUUGUAAUGAACAGGUAUAUUUUUAAAUAAACAAUCCGACCUAAUUUAUUUGGUUCGUGUUUCCACAA